ACAGGAGGGGUCUGAGGUAGUCCGGAACCUACAGAGACAGUCAGGUCUUUGAGCGAGAUGAGCGAUGCAGAAGGUGGUUGUUGGAAGAGGAAGACUCUUCUGGAAAAGGUGCUGAUUCCUGUUGUCCUGCUCUUUGUCCUCGUAUGUGCUAUGUUUAUCGUUAUUUUCUUCCAAACUGCCCAAACUGAAGUUUCAGAGGUGGUAGAGUGGGCUGAAGUUACAACGCCUCCUAUUGCAGAUGAUAUGUGCACGGCUGAAAAAUGCCUGGAGGCUGCGUCUGCCAUUCUGUCCAGCAUGGACAAAGAUGCCAUGCCGUGCAAUGAUUUCUACAGGUUCGCCUGCGGCCUGCAAAGUACGAGCUACAUACCCGACGAACAGAUCGUCCUGAGUCGCAGCACUACACUGAAAGAGAUGCUUAGGGGCUACAUGAUCUCGAUCUUCGAAGAUCCCGGGGACCAUGAAAACUUCGGCCCGUUUGCCGAAGCAUUAUCCGUCUAUAAAUUAUGCAAAAGUAAAACCGGGCAUAAUACGCUCUUCAAAAUAUUUGAGAGUGUAGGGGGUUGGCCCGUCCUGGAGGACGCCUGGCCUCAGGCCACAUGGACGUGGACGGACGCGACGUACCGUUUGUCCGAAUGGGGCGUGGACGUCGAAUUCCUCGUCAGAUUCGGCGUCUCGGAGGAUCCGUUCUACCCGAACGUCAUGAUUCCCAAGUUGGACCAGCCUUCGCUGGGCGUCGAUCGUGAGUACAUGGUUGAAGGGGAGGAAAACCCGGUUGUCAAGAGUUACUACAAUUACAUGGUCGAAGUGGCCGUCUUGCUCAAAGGUGACUUACUUCGGGCUGAGAAUGAGAUGCUACAGUCGUUACAGUUCGAGAUCGAACUGGCUAAGCUUUCUCACCCGAGGAGGGAACGUAUGAACUACAAGAAAAUGUACAAAGUCAUGACGAUCCGGGAGAUGUCGACCAAGUUCCCGUCGAUCCCCUGGAAGGAGUAUAUUAUGAGUUUAGUUUGGCCGGACGGCAAAGUUCUUUCGGACGAUCAACGGGUGCUCGUUUUCGCGCCUAAGUACCUAGCCGGACUCGAAAGCCUGCUGGAGAGGACCCCGAAAAGGACCAUCGCAAACUACAUCCUUUGGAGGACGGUCGAUUCUUCGGUCCUUUUCUUGACGUCGAAGUUCACACAAAGCCGUAAUCGAGUUUUGAAAGCGAUGACCGGCGUUGAAUCUCGCCCAGGUUUAGCCUGGUCCUGCUGCGAUUUCGUGAUGGGAAACCUAGCCAUGGCCGUCGCAUACGUCUACCAGGAAACUCUCAACGACACUGCCAAAAACCUAGCCCUCUUUAUGGUAGAUUCUGUAAAGAAAGAACUGAACAAGGCGUUUGAAGUCUUGGAUUGGAUGGACUACUCGACGAGGUAUUUUUCUGCAUACAGGCUGGACUAUAACAUUGUCAUCAGUGUCUAUCAAGAAGAACUCCUCAACAAGACCUUAAUAGCCGAAUACUACAAAGAGCUCACCAUCGAUAAGAACGCGACCUACUUGGACGGAGGGCUUGCCGUGAUGAAGUUCAAACAGGCGAAGAGACGCGAGUAUUUAAAGUUUCCGAGCGAGAUUUCGUUAUGGGCGAGGAUGGGCGAAUUCUCACUCGGCGUGGACCCGGUGUACGACGUCGAUGGGAAAUUCUUCUACCUGCCUCCUGCGAACCUGUGGGAUGCGUCCCGCGAAACGCCGGGUUGGAUGACAUUCGCCCAAAUGGGGUUCAUCAUAGGGCGGACUUUAAUGCACGCUUUCGACGAGGAGGGAAGGCUGUUCAGACAGAAGAGGAGCCACGAGGACAAAAGUUUUAUAAGAACAAAAUGCAAAUAUAUGAAAUUGGCCCAAUGCUUCGUUGAAAAAUACAGCAACUACACGGACGUACAGGCGGGUAUGAAGGUGGACGGCACCUCGACCCUGGGCGAGAACAUCGCAGAUGUCUCUGGUUUUAGAUAUGCGUACAAGGCGUACAAAAAUUGGAUCGGGGAAGACGGUACAGAUUUCUGGGCCCCCGGGCUGGAAGUGUACACGCCGUCACAAAUGUUCUGGAUCAGCGCGGCCAAUGUCAUGUGCUCAACUUACAGGUUGUCAAGGUUGACUAUGAAAAAUCUCGAAAACCGACUGAUUUUUUUUAGGACGGAAACCCUGAGGCACAUGAUGAUCACAAGCUCAAAGCUCUCUUCCCAUGCCAGGGUCGUCGGUUCCAUGUCUAAUCUGGACGAGUUCGCCGAAGACUUCGACUGUCCUCUCGGGACCGAGAUGAACCCGUUGAAAAAAUGCACUCUCUGGUGAAAUAAACGUAUUCACUAACUUUCUCAACCUGUUAUUUUAGUUGAACACCAAAGUACCACUGAGUACCAAGAAGACCCAAAAGCUUGUAGCAAUUUUGACUUUAGGUUAACAAAAAUAA